UGGCCACAGGCGAGGUCGGAAGGUGUGAGCAGAACACGAGAUCGCGGGGAAGCCGCUGCCUGGUGCCUGGGGCGGCUUUCUCUGGAGCAAGUGCCGCUGUCUGGACUCAGGUGUGGCGAACCCCAGACCCUCCCCUGCCGGUAAUUCAGGGCUACGUGGUGCCCAGGCCCCGGGAGACGUGAUAGCGUGCGGUGCACGCUUCCUAGCCUCAGGGCAAGGUCCAGGCCCCGCCGGUCAUGAUGCUCCUCUUUGCCUUGCCUCUGCUCAUGGGCUGGCCUCUGGGAUUCGUUGACUCGGCCUGGACUUAUAAUUUGAAAUGCCAUGAGUGUGCGGUCAUCAACACCUUCAGUUGUUCCAAGAUUAAAACGUGUGACUACAACAUCCGGCGCUGCAUGACAGUCUCCAUCCGUUUGAGUACUCGGGAAAUGCUCGUUUUAAAGAACUGUACAUACAACUGCACUUUUAUGUAUUCAGUCCAUCAGCCUCCUGAAGCCCCCAGAAAAAAAUAUUUUCCUAACAGUUUCUAUUGGGUUAAUUGUUGCGGUUCUAUGACUUGCAAUUUUGGGGGACCUACUAAUCUUGAGAGAGACAUCGCACCCGAUGAUACAAUCGAGGAGGAGCUGGAAGGAACUGAGCGACUGGGGGAGUCGGCUUUGCUCCUGAGCUUUGCCUCCAUCCUAGUCAGCAAUACACUGACGUGAGAAGCCCCUCUGGAUGCUCUGAUUAUGUCCCCAUUUCUCAGAACAAGUUAGAUGUCCUUUGAUCUCUAUGAGCCAGAGACACUGACCCCCACCCCCCCAGACCCCCCUUGGCGAGUUAGCCAUUUCGGGCUUGUUUCAGGAGAGAAAUAAACAACA